AUGAACGAGCAUUCAGUGGCUUCGUUUACAUUACCAUCGGUGAAAAUACUUAGUUCUUGUUUAAGGUACCUUUCUUUUAAGGAUAAUGGAAUAAAAUUUGUUCUUUCCACCCGAAAGGGUUCAUCUGAACUGCGUUUGACUCGUUCCGAUGUCCCGGAGUGUAGCUACUCCGAAGUUAUUAUUGAGCUUCCCGAGAAUGAGAUGAUGAUCAAUAAGAUUGCAACAGAUGAUUCAAAAUGUGAAAAAAGCAUUUCGUGGAUAAUUGAUUGUAGUUUAUUUCUUCGAGUACUACGACUCUUUGAGAAUUAUGAAUACGUGACGCUUCAUUUGGGUUGCGAUCUAACAAAUGUCUAUUUGCAUUCAGUAGAAUGUGAGCGCUGGGCAAGAGUAGCAGUUUUACAUGACCUUGGACCACUUCUAAACGUUGAUAAUGAGGUAACUGUACUACAUAGGAUUUGUUCUCUUCAGGAUUUCUUUCAUAUUGUGCGGUAUAUUGCAACUACAAACGAAGCCACUUGUACUGUUCUGCUACGUUUUGAUAAUUUACAGUCUGUUAUGGAGCUAAAAACUACGAGUGCUACCGCCUCUCUUGUUGUUGAUGGUCAGUCUCUACAAGAUCGUAUCGAGGGACGUGUGGCAACAAUGGAGCUUGUGGCUUUUGCUGACUUGGCUAUGCGAGUAAGGCAAAAUGCCAGCCUUCAUAUUGGGAUAGGUAUGAAUGAUCUGACAUUUUUCAGAUUAGAUUGGAAGACGAUCACUAUGAGACAGUCAACAGCUUCUUUAUACUUUUGUAGCGAGUAA